CAUAAUAUUUUCACACAAUUUUCGUGGAUGCAUGCAUGCUUUCUAUACGUUUAACUGGUUUUUGCUCUAUUUUGUUGGCCACCCGCCGCCAGUACACGCGCUCGUACACAUAUAUCGUACACAUAUAUAUCCUGAAGAAGCGGCUAAGGACUAGACACAUCAAGAUGGCAUCGUUAGUCGCCUCGAAUCAUGCUCUGUUUUGCCUUCAACCUUUCGAGUUAGUCAUGCAGGUUGGAAAUGGCUAUGAAGAUACCAGGAGAGAGGUCUCUAGACAACAUAAACCCGCUAGGGGUGGUUGGAAAGCCGCCAUAUUCAUAAUCUUUGUUGAGAUGGCGGAGCGAUUUACCUUCUAUGGCUUGUCCGGGAACCUCAUCACCUACCUCACGAAUGAACUCCACGAAUCGAUUCCAACGGCAGCAAAGAAUGUCAACACCUGGGUUGCUGUAUCAUGUCUCCUGCCCAUAUUUGGAGCCUUCAUUGCUGAUUCCUUACUGGGUCGAUUCAAGACCAUCCUUUUGUCCUUCGUCAUAUACCUUGUGGGACUGGUUUUGUUAACGUUAACAGUCUCAGUACUCCCCUUGCAUCAACGUAAACCCAUGUUCUUUGUAGCGCUCUACAUAUUGACAGUGGGGGAAGGCGGGCACAAGCCGUGCGUCCAAACCUUCGCGGCAGACCAAUUUGACGAGGAUUCAGACGAGGAUAAGAAGGCCAAGAGCUCCUUCUACAACUGGUGGUAUUUAGGAAUAGUCGUUGGCUCCACUUCUGCCAUUCUCGCAGUAAUCUACGUGCAGGAAAAUAUUGGUUGGGCCGUCGGCUUUGGAAUGCUGGCAAUAGCAUUGACAGUGUCACUGGCCAUAUUUUUGUUAGGAAUGAGGAGGUACAGGAAGCAGGGUCCACUAGGGAGUCCAUUAACUACAGUGGCACGGGUACUUGUGGCCGCUAUGCGGAAGUGGCGCGUAAAUGAGACGCGUGAUGGUUGCGGUGUGUAUCAUGGAGAUGAGAGUGAUGGAUCCCAUGUUGCGGGUCAACUUAAGGCUCGGACUUUGGCACGUACUGAUCAAGUGAGAUUUUUAGACAAGGCAAUGAUAAUUGACAACAUCGAUGCCUCGAGAAGUAUCCGAGAUCCAUGGAGGCUAUGCUCAUUAAACCAAGUUGAAGAAGUAAAGCUUGUCUUGCGUCUUAUCCCAAUAUGGUUGUGUUGCUUAAUGUAUGCCGUAGUCGAAUCCCAAAUCGGAACCUACUUCACCAAGCAAGCUAGCACAAUGACCCGAUCCAUUGGACCGCAUUUUGCUCUCCCCGCAGCAUCAUUUCAAGCUCUUAUUGGCCUAACAACCAUAAGCAUUAUACCUAUUUAUGACCGGAUUUUCAUCCCCUUGGCUAGAAAAUUCACAGGACUGCCGUCCGGCAUAACUAUGCUACAAAGGAUAGGCACUGGUUUUUUUUUCUCCAUACUAAUUAUGGUUGUUUCGGCUCUAGUCGAGGGCAAAAGAAUCAACAUUAUAAAAGAGAAUAAGCUCGUGAACAACCCCAAAGCAAUGGUACCAAUGAAGGUGUGGUGGUUGUUACCACAAUAUAUGCUUUUUGGUUUGUCCCAUUUGUUCACGAUUGUUGGGCUCCAAGAACUUUUCUAUGACCAAAUGCCGGAGGCAAUGAGAAGCUUGGGAGCAGCACUAUACCUUGGUGUUGUAGGAGUUGGAUUUUUCGUUACCAAUGCUGUUAUUUCUGUCGUUCAGGCUAUUAGUUCAAGUGCUGGGGAAGAAUGGCUCGGUGGCAAUAACCUUAACCGCGCACACCUUGAUUGCUUUUAUUGGGUGCUGGCUGGAUUAAGUGCUUUGAAUUUCUGUGUUUAUGUAUGGAUUGCUAAGGGUUUUGUGUACAAAAAGGUUGAGGGGGAUGAUGUUCCAGGAGAUAAAGAACUCUGUUUUGUCGAUGGAUGCCCAGAUGGGGGAGGCAUGAGACCCACAAGGCCAUAAUAUAUGUAUAUAUGUACCAAUCUCCAAACAAUCUGGAUAUUUCUUUAAACUAGUUUUUAUUUAAUGUACAUUUCCAGACAA